AUGCGUAUCACGCAUAUUUUAUCGAUGUAUUUGCUGCAUGUAACUUUUGGGAGUGUCACUGAAGAAAGUAUCACAAUGCAGAACAAGUCAUCCAGUGCUGAAACAUCAAUACCAACCGAUGUUCAGCCAAUACGACAAACAACACAUGGCGAAAUUUUAGGAUAUUUUAUGAAAUUGAACGGCACAUUCGCUGAAGUUUACGAAGCUGUUCCAUAUGCGCAGCCACCCAUCGGAUCAUUGCGCUUUGAAGCUACAAAAUCAUUGAUAGCUUGGAAUAAGACAAGGAAUUGUGGUAAAGGUCAAAUGGUACAAUGUGUGCAAUUUGGACAAUAUUCCAACAAAGACGAUGGUAUCGAGGACUGCUUAUAUGCUACCAUUGUCAUACCUCAUAAAAAAACAGAACCUGUAACGGGCAGUGCAAGCGUUUAUUCUAUCGAAUCAAUCGUGAAAAAUUUUGCUUCAGAGAGUAUUAUUUUUGUAGCCAUAAAUUAUCGGUUAGGCCCACUUGGAUUCCUGACAGUCAGUCAUCGAUAUUUGCAUGGCAAUUACGGAUUAGAUGAUCAAAUUGAAGCGAUUCGCUGGAUUCGAGCAAAUGCUCGAAAUUUUGAUGGUAAUUUGAAUAACAUUGUUGUUGGCGGUAUGGGUGCAGGUGCCGCUUGCGCAAGACUAUUCAAUGGUGUCAUAUUACGAAGUGGAAGCUCUAUUUCUCCAUGGGCCGUACGAUCCGCGUUCACAGAAAAUUAUUCUGCACGUUUAAUAGAUUAUUCUGGUUGUGGCUAUAAUCGUACUUUGGGAAUGUUGCAUACGGUGGAAUGCCUGAAGAAAAUGCCAGUGGGAAAAUUACAAAAAGCAUGGAAGUAUAUCGCCAAGUUUGCUGCUACCAUUAUUGAUAAUGAAAAUUACUUAAUGGGUAGUAGUUAUUUUACACCAACCACCGAUCCAUAUCGUAUCGAGGAAAGCGUUAUUCCCGGUGAUCCAAUGUCCAUCUUAGUUCAGAAUCCACGAAUUCCUCUGUUGAUCGGUGUCACAAAUGCUGAAGUUGUCUACAUGAUGAACGCAGAUACUUCAAUCAACAAUCUUUAUGUGGGAAACAAAGAGUGGAAUCUCAGUUAUAUUAUACCUUCUUAUUUACAUGCUAAUUACAAACAGGUUCAAAAAGCUGUUGAAUAUCAAUAUUUGCCCGAUUAUCCGCAAAAUCUGAAUGAAGCCGAACGACGUGACGUAAUUCUUAAUAUUUUAUCUGAUCUAUAUUUCAUUGCACCAGCGGCACGUGAAGCACUACUUUAUGCAAGAAAAAAUUGUACUGUUUAUGCAUAUAUAUUUGAGUACGAAAAUGCUCAAUUAUUGUCAUCCGCUAGAAAAACUGGAAUUCAACGAGGAGCUUCACACGGUAAUGAUUGUUCAUUUAUAUUUAACAAUCCUACACUCUCAAACUCAUCACUGAAAAGAGUUGAAUGGAAUGAUGAUGAUCGAAAAAUUAUCCAGCAGCUUGUUAGCCAAAUGGCUAAUUUUAUUCGCAAGAGAAAUCUUAGUGAUGAUGGUUUCGAACGGUUCAGAACGAUUUAUCGUGUAGCUACACCAGUCAAUAACCGGAAUGUUAAUACUCGAGUAGAUUUCUACAGUAAUGUAACUGAAUUUUGGCAUGAAAUUAUUCCUGCAAUCGAGCAGCUACACAUUGAGCCACAUUAUCGAGUGCUUUUACAACCCUGUACCAUGUGCCAAUAUCCAUAUAAAAUACCAUUCUACAUUAUUCUAACAGUGCUAGUCGAUUUUGAUAACGAUUGGUCUACUAAGCGUCUUUAUCCAUCGUCAACAGCGCGUAAGACAGAAGCCAACGUAUGCUAUCGUACACGUUGA